AUGGACAAAAUACUUGAGGGACUUUUGACUUCGGCACACAACGAACAUGUGAAAAAAAAGCUUGUGGAAAAGAUUACAGCUACACCUUAUAAUAUGCCAAACGAAGAUUGGAAACUACUCUGCGAUUUUUCAUAUGAUCUUAUAAAAGAGCAAAUCACCCCUUUGCACGCUGAGAUCGGAGAUUACAUUCUUGCUUGGAUAGCCCGGUGCCAGGAAAGAAUAUAUCUAGAUCAUUUUAAUUCGGAGACCUUGGAAAAUCGUCUUACACAUGCGAUAAGUUCUAUCUAUAAAAAUUUAAGGGCAGUAGUGAAAGUGAUCAAACACAAAAACGACAUAUCGAUAUAUGCUUUGGACAAAGAAACCGUUGAAAGAGAUUUUCAAUUACUAAAAGUGCUCACCGAGAAAUACUUCUUCCUGUGUAAAGGGCGACAUGAUUGGCAAAUCUUAUUUGUGUUUAUAUUCAAUGAUCUGCCCAGAUUAAUUCCUACGGAAAGAAAUGUCGUAAUACAGAUGCUUAUCAACGGCUUGGCUAACUUAACCAAUGAGUCAAUGGAAGUUGAUUUUGUUAAGAAAUCAGUGACCUUGAUUGAAAUGUUAUGGAAUGAAAGCACAGAGACCAUAUCUUUUUCUAUUCGCGAAAUUUUCGAGAAGCUCACUGCAAGUUCACAAUGUUCCAAUGCGAUAGCAGUUUUGAUCGGUAAAAUACCGAUAGAAAAUAAGAUAGUCAUUCUACCGUACCUCCAGCAAAUGCCUCAUGAAGAUAUUUCGCGGUUAGAGAUAGGCAUUCAACGCAUGGUCGAGAUGAUGAAGAACCCAGACUCGAAAAAUAUAGGGAAUUGGAUUAUCGAGUUAAUGAACGCAUUGGGAAAAAUUAAUCAUGAUAUGCUAACAAGUAUCACGAACAAAUGCGUCCCUAUAUUAUUCAAAUACCUGUACAACCGCAAGUCGCGUGAAAACGCAUUAUUAAUUCUUAAAUACAUGCUGUUAGGAUGUCGAGGGUAUGAUGUAUUUCGCACAAUCCUUACAAUGGUUCCAGAUGUAUUGGACAUCAUUUCUUCCGAGGAUGACCAAAGGGAGAUCUUGUUAGAAUUCUCUACCCUUGUACAAUGCCUUAUGUAUCGAUUUCCAGGUUAUAUCGCUCAAUAUGAUAUUAUCUCGCAAAAAUUAGAAAGUUUGAAAUUGCCGACUGUUGAACAGAAAGAAAUUAUGAGCAUUCUACAAAAAAAUGCGUGGAAUAAAAUGUUUUCUGCAGAUGUAUCCAAGACGACGACACCUCGAUAUUCUAAACCGAAAAAAAAGGUUGGAUUACAGAAUUUGGGGAAUACUUGUUUUAUGAAUAGUGUACUUCAGGCGUUAUUUAAUACAGCAGAGUUCCGACGUCGCAUAUUACGAACAUCAAGAAACAGGACGUCUACGUUAUAUCAACUUCAGCAAUGUUUUCAGUCUUUAGAAUCUGAUAAGUCAUACAUCUCACCGUCAGCUUUAUUAGAGACUUUACCUAAAUGGCUCAACAACGGUCGUCAGCAGGAUUGUCAUGAAUUUCUGAAGCAACAAUUGACAUCCAACAAAAGGCAGCGACUUGAUGAUCCGAAUAAUCACAUUUCGUUCGAUCAAUUAGAUGACAACGAAAUACCGAUUUCUCCUUUUGGUGGUGUUUUGGUUAAUACAAUUGAGUGCUUAUCGUGCGGGACUGAAUCAAAAACUAAGGAGGAGUUUCAUGACUUAACACUGUCUCUUCAGAUUGAAAGUUCAUCAAAAAAUCUUUCCUUCUCUGAUCUGUUGUCCGAAUUCUUUUCGCCGGAAAAAUUAAAUGAUGACAAUCAAUACCAUUGUGAGAAAUGUCGUGGUUUGUGUGAUGCAUUGAAAACUACACGAAUAAUGGUUCCUCCAAAGUACUUGAUAUUGUCGCUUAAUCGAUUCGAGUAUAACAAAAGAUAUGCAAAGAGGAUUAAGAUCAUGACUCACGUCACAAUCCAAGAAACCUUGUCAUUAUCAUACAUUGCGAAAAGUGAUAGACGCACUUCAAAGGUGGAUUCAAAUGGUACAAAACAUAAAAUAAAUCAAUAUGUUAAUGGUGACAUCGGCGGGAAAAGGAAUGGCGUUAACGGGAAUUCAAAUGGCAUCACGAAUGGUGUUACGAAUGGUGACUCAAUAGAUAAUGACAAGAUAUACAAGGAAAUUAAUGGCAAUACAAGAAUAAGUGGUAAAGGCGAUAUAAAAAUGGAGUGGGCUGAGUACGACUUGUCAGCGAUCGUUAUACAUUCCGGUUCGUCAGCGGAGUAUGGUCAUUACUAUACGUAUGCCAAGGAUGAAGGAGAUGACACAUGGUGGUAUUUCAAUGAUAACUUUGUCAAUACCACCUCAUUAAGAAACAUCAUUUCCGAGGGUGUAGACUAUCGAUAUGACACACCAUACCUUUUCUUUUUUCGACAGAAAACAAUGAUAAAUAAUAAUUUGGGUCAGUUGGUCACCAGUUCAUAA